CUUGUAUUAAAGGAUACCGUCGCCGCGCCCUGCCCGUGCUCUACAGCCUACCUCUAUUUUGAUGUUGGUGCGCAACGACGUUCAAGACCCGGAAGUAAUACUUGUUUACAAGGGAAGCGAGUAGAAAUAUAGUGAGUGUCUCUAGAAGCGGAAUAUUACCAGUUUUUCUCGUGUUUUAGAUCAACAUAAUGUGAAACCAGUCGGCCCAUAUAUUUUUAAAGUUAAGUCCUAAAUAAUUUUAAUCAUUACGUGAUUGUAUGGUAUCCAGACCUAUUUGACAUCAGAUGGAUCCUGGAUCUGUCAUCGGUUUCGCUGUAAGUGAACGUUAAAUGAAGCCCAUCACAACCUUGACAGUCAGUAAUCGGUAACUUCAGGUCAUUUAUGUCAGAAGUGUAACCUUUGAAGUGAAAAUCUUUGAAAGCAGUGGCACCAAUACUUUUUCCAAACAUCGAGGACAAACAUUGAACGUGCAGUUGUCGCCGGUCGUUUCCCACGGCUCAUUCCAUCAGUAGUCAGAAAAUGUCUAAAAUUGAAAGGCUGAAUGCGCGGGUCUCUAAACUGCUGACGGCAGCGGUCCACGAAGUCCUGGAAGUGGUGAAGGAUACGGUGUCGGAGUACCAGGAGAAAACCGCCAGAACUCAGAGGGAGAACGAAAGACUACAGAGGAAACUCCAGGAACAACAGCACAAGUUUGACCGAGAAUUGGCACGAGUAUCCAGAUCAAGUCCUCCAAGGCAGACUAGCCAAUCAGAACAGUGUAAAUGCUCCUGUAAAGAGCUUCAGAUCUCCAAGGGAACAGACAAGCCAGAGCUAAAGGUGGAGUCCAGAGCGACUCCUGCAGACGAGGUGAAGAAUCAUCUGGACUCAAAGGCAGAAUCCCCGGCCAGCGUUGAGCAGGUGUUCACAAACUGCAGUGAACUGGCUUCAUGUAUCUCCCUGUUGGAGACAGAAGAUUCACAAUCUGGGAACUCUGAAGACGGCUCAGCACAUGUAGAAAGCGUCCUGUUCCCCCAUGGGCUCUCAGUGGAUAACCCCAACACACCCAUUCAGCAAGGCAUACCAACAGACAUUAAUAUCAUCAAAGCAGAGCCUGAACUUCUGGAAUAUUCCCUUUCCCCGCAGCCAGUGCCCCAGAACUCGGUGUACGACAACGAGGAGCCCAACCCAGACCCUAACUCCAGCACAGCCCCGAGUGACGUCCAGUUAGGCCUCCACUCGCCCAGAGCUGAUGUUGCGGACGAGGUGCACUACAUCCACUCCGACACGCUCAACGCCUUUGUGGAGUCGUUUCCGUUCGAGAGGACCCAGGGGCUGGCAGCUGAGGCAUGGACCCAGCAUCAGCAGCAGCAUCAGCAGCAGCAGCAGCGCUUCUUAGGCCGGGAGGAGAGCCAUCGCUGUCUGCUGUGUGGGAAGACCUUCAGCCGCCUCGGAAACCUGCGCAUCCACCAGCGCUGCCACACGGGCGAGAAGCCGUACACCUGCGGCCACUGCGGCCGACGCUUCAGCCACGCCGGAAACCUCCAGAAGCACAAGCGCGUGCACACCGGGGAGCGGCCGUACGGAUGCCAUCAGUGCGGCAAGAUGUUCAGCCAGUCCACCCACCUCAAGAAGCACCAGAGGAUCCACAGCUUCCGCCACCUCAGUGUGGGAUGAGGGGGGCAUGCGAUUGGUUGGGAGCCAGAAACAGGGAAACAGGAAGUGUGUGGGCUGAAGGGCACGUGAUUGGGUGAGAGCCAGACAUUACAGGGGGAGAAAAACACUGAGAGAAGAAUGAAUGGGCGAGUUUGUAAUGCUAAACACUAAUCGAAUCAGCCAUUUUUUUUUUUGCUUUACUCAAGCCACUGUCAGACUUACUCAGUGAUUCUAGCUAUGUACUUUUAUGUGGAGUUAUGAGUGCGUUCCAAGUCUCCAUUCAUUUAGAUAGGAGCCUGAUCUUGUGAGACCGCGGCUAAUGAGGCGUAGCCAAGAUGGUCGCUGAAUGCACCUUUGCCUGUAAGGACUUCGGUGCGAGACCAACGCCGGAGGCUGAGGUGGAUCUAUGACUUACUGGUCUGUUUCUUGCCAGUGGGUUUGGUGACGCGUCUCGCUCUCGAGAGCUCACCACAUGUGGCACAGCGGUUACGCGGUGGGUUUGGUGUUUGUGAAACUGAAAUAACUAUGAUUCAGUCAUAGAAAGACUCGUCUGUAACUGUGUUUGUGAAACUGAGAUAACUGUGAUUCAGUCAUAGAAAGACUCGUCUGUAACUGUGUUUGUGCGAGGUUACCAUGUCAACAACCAUGAAAAAGGGCGGGCCAGUGACACCAGAAGAUCCAGAAAAAAGAGGAACUUUUUCACUGUUUAUUCUGGCUUGGUCAAAUAUCCCCCCCCCCACUCUACAUACUGCAUCGUGUUUGACUUUGAAAUCUGUCUUUUUUUAAAUUAGCUCAUAAUAAUCCUAUCCAUUGAUGCACAGAUAAUGAUGGACCUAAGAAAUAUUGAAACACUAGGCUUUUGCAUUCUGUUGUGUUUAUAUUAUCUUGAUAUAUGUACUAUAGGUCCUUCUGACACAUAACAUGUCCACUUGUGGUUGUCUCUCAUUGGCUGUUGAAUGUCAAACUAUUGAAAGUGAGUGAGUACACAAUACAGGCAAGAAGAAAAUUUCAAAACACAUUUUAAACAUCACUGUUUUGAGGGUUUGCUUAAAUCUGGGCAAGUUCAUAAUUACUGUUUUGCAUAAUAAUAAAAGGGUGUAUAUCUUUCCAAAA